GGGCCGAGGCGGGCCCGUUCGGCAUCUUUAAUAAGUUUCACCGGGACCCGGUGGCCGGGAUGGAGAUGGCUAAGCCGCGAGAUGUUUACCUUCUACCACGGGUUCCACAGUACCCGGCUGGGCCUUAGGCUUCGGGUCCCGACGUCCUCCCGGGAGCACAAACGUACUACAGAUUAGGUCUGAGACCGCCAUAGCUCUGACGCUCUUCCACGCCCCCUAGCCCGCCCCCUCCGAGGGGCCGGGGAGCGAUUCCCAAAGUGCCUGCGGGAGCGCCGCGUCACUGGAGCGCCGCGUCACCUGAGGCUGCUGUCCAAUCGCGGCGCGCGCUCGGCCCUGCAGGCGGCGGGCGCCAGGCACAGUGGCAGCGGGCAACAUGGCCGAGAGGCCCCGGCCUCCGGGCGGCGCCGUGUCUGCGACCGCCUACCCCGACACCCCUGCGGAAUUCCCUCCGCACCUCCUGGCGGGUGCGAUGCGGCGCCGCUUUUGGGGCGUAUUCAACUGCCUGUGCGCCGGCGCGUUCGGGGCCCUGGCCGCCGCCUCCGCCAAGCUGGCCUUCGGCAGCGAGGUGAGCAUGGGUUUAUGCGUCUUAGGCAUUAUUGUGAUGGCGAGCACCAAUUCUCUGAUGUGGACCUUCUUUAGCCGGGGCCUCAGUUUCUCCAUGUCUUCAGCCAUUGCAUCUGUCACAGUGACUUUUUCAAAUAUCCUCAGCUCGGCCUUUCUGGGCUAUGUGCUGUAUGGAGAGUGCCAGGAGGUCUUGUGGUGGGGAGGAGUGUUCCUCAUUCUCUGCGGACUCACCCUGAUCCACAGGAAACUUCCGCCCACCUGGAAGCCCCUUCCACACAAGCAGCAGUAGCACCACUUGGCUGAAUGGACCAACUGGAAAGAUCACGAUGGUGGCCCAGCCUUGGGAUGGCUUGUGGGAUUAUGUCCUAGGGCGACCCAGUUGUGCAGCCUUCUGACCAUCAGCCAAGGGAAGCAGGCCUCUGACGGAGCAAGCUUGAGGGUGGAUAACUCUGGCUCCUUAAGGAGAGGUGCAGCCGCAACAGUGUUCUACUGGAAGCGUUUUGAUCAUCUGUACAGUGCUUUGGAUUCUUGCUCCCAGGCCCACCCCAGCGAGCCUUCACAGAUGCUGGAGAUCCUGGGGUUGGUCUGCUAUGUGUAUGGUACUUGAAACCACGCUGUAAUUUUCCUGUUGCCAAACAAAAGCCAGUCAUGUAACUCUAGAAGCAGUGACUGGUGGGGCCUUCUGACAAUUCCAUGCUGAUGUAUCAGGCCAUCUGUGUCAUGCUUAUGUAUUAUGGCAAGAAGAGGAAAACUGGGUGAAUAAAUACUUUUUUUUGUAAGUUAAAACUA